UGUAGGUAUGAUUUUUAAAUGAUCGUUCAAAUAGGAAGGUAAUGGUAUCAGUUAGAAGCGACUCAACUUGCUUCGUUCCAAGAUAUUCACACGUGACCUCUGAGUUUAAAAAUUGAGUGUACCUCAUAUUUUAAUUAACUAUUAAUGUGACUCAUAUAUCGUAUUACUAAUAUAUUUUACUUAAAACUAGGAAAGACAUGCCAAUAUUUCAACAACAUUGUAAUUACCUAGCCAAUCCACGCGAUUUACACCAAUAAUUGAAAGCGAAAAUGAGGUUUUUACAUGCAAUAGUAGUGUUGAUUGGGAUUAUUAGUGCUUCAACUGCAUAUAGAGACCUGGACUGGUAUGAAUGUAUGCUCCAGUAUCAAAUUUACCCACGCUCAUUCAAAGACUCAGAUGGAGAUGGAAUCGGCGAUUUGCGAGGGAUCGUCGAGAAACUGGAUUACUUGGUUGAUCUCGGAGUGGACGCAAUUUGGAUUCAGCCUUUUUACCAAUCCCCGAUGCGGGACCUUGGUUACGAUGUCUCAGAUUACAGAUCACCGGACCCCAUGUUCGGUUCAAUGACAGAUCUUGAGAACCUGAUAAAAGCGGUAAAGGAGCGAGGGCUUAAAUUGGUCAUAGAUUUUGUGCCAAAUCAUUCCAGUGACGAGCACGGGUGGUUUAAGUUGUCCCAGGAGGGUAUGGCUCCAUACAAGGAUUACUACGUUUGGGCUGAUGGGCGGAUCAUCAACGAAUCUUACACGGAUGUUCCAAACAACUGGAUAAGUCUUUUCGAGGGUUCGUCUGCAUGGGCAUGGAAUGAAAAACGGAGGCAAUAUUACUACCAUGUUUUCUCAAUCAAACAACCUGAUCUCAACUACCGAAACACGGCACUCCGUGAAGAAAUCAAUAGCAUACUGAGAUUUUGGCUGGAACUGGGGGUAGAUGGCUUCCGGAUUGAUGCUCCAGGCUGGCUCAUGGAGGCACCGCAUUUUCGCGACGAGCCCCUCAACCCUGAUGGCGACAAAGGUUUCAUGGCUCUUAAUCAUGUAUACACGAUGUUUCAAGAGGAAAAUUUUGAUUUGAUUCAUGAGUGGAGGAUGGUUCUCGAGGAAUUUAAAAAUAAGGACGGUCAUACAAGACUCUUAUCUGUGGAAGACUUCAGCGUACCACAAUUUAAAGCCAAGUAUAUGGGUAAUUCGACUUACGUGAUGGCACAGAUGCCGUUUAACUUCAUGUUUGAGUUCAAGGAUUACGAAGAAAAUGCAACGAAUAUAAAUGAUUCCAUACAAAGUUAUCUCAGGACUCUGCCUGCGAGUGGCGUCCCCAACUGGGCAUCAGAAAGUCACGAUUACACUCGGAUACCAACUCGCUUUGGUGCAGAGAGCGUAGAUGCGUGGAAUAUGCUGCAUCUGCUUCUUCCGGGAAUUCUCAACGUCUAUUACGGAAUGGAACUUGGUUUGGAAGAUAGUUUCAUCCGACAAGAUCAGCGCCAAGAUCACAUCGGAAGAACUCAGUUCGACACCACGACAAGAGAUACCUCCAGGACUCCAAUGCCGUGGGACAAUACCAAAAAUGGCGGGUUCACAACAGCUAAAAAACCUUGGCUUCCCAUCCACUCAAACUACGUCUACAAAAAUGUGAAAAGCCAACUGGAGGAUCCUAAAAGCCAUUUGAACACAUUCAAGCGGUUGGUAAAACUUAGAAAAACAAAUGUCAUCCGUAACGGUAGAUUUGACACCUACGUUUUAAGCACGUGGGUCUUCAUGUACACCAGGACACUGGAGAGUGAAACGAUAGCCGUUAUUAUUAAUCUUGGUACUGAGACAGAGCAAAUCUGCACAAACGAUGUGGCACAAAGUCUACCUGGCAUAAUGACGGUCCACACGUCUAGCUGCAAUUCUGACUACAAAAUAGGGGAUGAAGUGGCCCUUUCCUCAACAAUUGGACGGCCAUGCUCUGAACUGAGACCGAAAUCAGGCCUUGUCCUAAGCAAUUCGAAUGCUAACACGUACUCUCGUGGUUGCAGCAUUUUGUCGAGUUGCGCAAUAAAUCUAGUUGUUUUUGUAACGGGAAUGAGCCUCUCGACAAGAAUAAUUCACUCCAUUACAUAACAUUAACAUUACAUUACAUUUACAUUAACUCCAUACAUAUAAUAUGUAUUAAUUUAUGCAUGUAUUCAUCCAAAUAUGUAUUCAUAAGUAUUUCUCUAUGUAUUCAUUGCAAAGUGUGCAUUACUCGAUUAAAUCAUCUCUGC